UGAGUCUCUCCAUUUCCACGCCCCCUCGUGAUCCCCCGCGCGUCAGGCCCACUGUUCCUUCCAGACUUGUCUUCGAUGUCCGACUGAACAAAAUUAACUAUUCCUUUCUUUCUAGUUUACCUCGCCCAGCCUUAUCAAACGCUCUCUGGGUUUGAGCAAGGCGUCCUUUUCAUCCCUUACCUCUUCACGGCAAGGAAGUUCCAGCAGCAUCCUUUACCCAAUCCGUGGAGGAGCCGAUUCACAAACACUCACAGACUCCUAUAGUCCAGCGCUUUCUGACAUGACCUUGCGCGAGCAGGGAAGCUCAAGUGAUCUCCGCAGAGGCAAGAUAAAGAUGAAACUCACCGACAUCAUCAAGAUGUCACGCAGCAGCCGGGGAAGGCUCUCCUCAGACACAGGCUCGUCAUCCCAUAUGACAUCAAUAUCUUCAUGUGCCUCCGCUUCUACAGAGACUUUUAAUACGUUCAUGAACCCCGUUCCAUCUCCUCCUCCACCACAAGUACUCAAGAAAGACAAGAAGGAGAAAGGGCGACAACUGAAGGGACGAUUACCCCCUACCGCACCAAGAACUCCUCCGUUGUCCCCCGAAAAAGAUGACGGAUUCAUCCCGAUCGACCUUAAUUUUGAGCACAUGGAGGGUAUCGUCGACCUUACGACUCUUUCUGGGCAGAAUGUUGCACCAUCAAACGUUUCUCCAUCGAGCGCAGUCGAUCCAAGCACUGCCAGUACUUCCGACAGUAGCUUGCAACCGCCUCCAUCACCGCCUCACUCCUCUUCCUUUGUGUUCAGCAAUCCCAAUCCGUUUUCUUCUACUUCUCCCACCAACAAGCGAAAAGCUGUUAUUGACAUUCGAAAGCUCUCUCCAAAGAGUUUUCCCCCUUCAUUUGGACCAGAGGAGGCAGUUGUGUCCGGAGCAAUUGUCUAUGAAGCGCCUAUGUGGACCGCUCCCGAGAGCUGGGCUGUGGAGAAGGACGGGGAGGAAGAGGCAGAUCCAGGAGGCGACUCGAGCUCCGAGGAGAGCACGAGUAUCAAUACGAGAUAUGCGGAUGUCACGUCGUCUUUCAACAGCUCGAGUCUUAGCUCGAAACGAAAAUCCCGUCGAAAGUCCACCCAUCCGCGUAAGCUGCCAUCCCGUAGCAGCAACGACCGCGUUCGCGUUCGAAUAUAUCGCGCGGAUGGAUCAUACCACGUCGCCCCUAUCUCGAUACACUCCACCGUAGCGGAGCUCACCCCGUUGCUUAACCAAAAGCUAUUUGCGCACAAGGAGCGUGAGACGCAUAAACUGUAUCUGAAGGAGAGGGGGCGAGAACGUGUAUUGGCACCUACUGAGAGGCCGGCUGCCAUUGUCAUUCGCCGGUUGGAGCAGGCAGGAUACGACCAAGCAGACAGUCUUGCUUUUCUUGGUGCAGAGGACAUGACGUUCCUUAUGAAAUUCGUGUAUAAAAGUCAACUCCUCGGCCCGACAGCUGAGGAGCUUACGCUCGAUGCGUUCGAACUCGUCGACCUCACAGGCUGUAGUCUACCCACCAUACCCAUCGUCCUCUAUCAAAACGCUGGCGAGAUCGUGUACCUCAACCUCUCACGUAAUCCAAUGGUGGAAAUACCCCUGGAUUUUAUCCAGUCCUGUACGACCCUCCGCGAUCUCAAAUUGUCCAGCAUGGCGAUGAAGAAAGUGCCUCAGAGUGUUCGGCACUCUACCAGCUUACAUCGACUCGACCUGUCGUGUAAUCGUAUCGUGGACUUGGACGAUGCUGGUCUAGACCGCAUACCUGAGCUCUCAAGCCUAAAACUCCAGAACAAUAGGAUAGAGCAGUUGCCCUGGUAUUUUCCCCGCCUCAAGUUUCUGAACUUCCUGAACAUUUCGAACAACAAAUUCGUGCACGUGCCUAGUGUCAUCUGCCAGCUGCCAUGUCUUGUCGAGCUCGAUGUGUCUUUCAACAUGAUCACUGAACUUCCGGAGGAGAUUGGCCGCCUCACUACUCUUGAGCGCCUGAUUAUGAUCGGAAACCAGGUGGCCAAGUUACCCGAAGAAUGCAGGAAUCUUGUUAAUCUACAAUUACUUGACUGUCGAAGAAAUAACAUAUCCGACAUUUCCAUUGCCUACACUCUGCCCAAACUCCAAAUCCUCUAUGCUGAUCACAAUUUCGUCCACGCCCUUCAUCUGUCCAUUGGUCCCAACCUGUCAGUUCUGGACGCUUCCCACAACGACAUCACCUUCCUCAAAUUCGCUCCUAGUUCUCCACCGCAAGUAUCUCAUACCCUCACACUCCUCGAUGUCUCCUACGCUAAGCUUUCCUCUCUUGACGCAUUCGACUUCUCUCAGCUCCCUGCUCUUCAGACCCUAAAACUCGACCACAACGAACUUCGCACGCUCCCGGACUCCCUCGGCGAACUCUCCCAUCUGAUACACUUUUCUUGUUGUGACAACAAACUCGUCUCCCUGCCCUCCACUAUCGGCCUCCUUCAGCGUCUAGAAACCCUCGAUGCCCAUAACAACAACUUGACAGAACUGCCUGUAUCCCUCUGGAAUUGCGCGUCGUUAACGCAUAUCAACGUCACCUCAAAUCUGCUCGCUACUUGGCAUGAUCCUCCUGGCGAUAACUUGGUUGCACCGGCGCCAUCUGGAAUAACUCUCGAGAUACCCUUAUCGUCAUCACCCUCUCGACCUGGUCACAUACCAAGAAAGCCCUCGAACGCUACGUGCAAUAUGUCAAUACACACCGCACCUGGCCGAGCACUCCCACCCCUCGCUUACUCUCUCGAGCGACUCUCCAUCGGGGAGAACCAACUAACAGAUGAAGCGAUUCCUCCGUUCACCAUCCUCAAGGAGCUACGCGUCCUCAACCUGUCCUUCAACCAGAUCCAAGAACUCCCCUCUUCAUUCCUGCGCAAUCUACAGCAGCUGGAGGAACUGUACCUCAGUGGCAACCAGUUAACGAGUAUUCCCACCGAAGACCUCGUGAAAAUGACCAGAUUGUCGGUGUUGUUCUUGAACGGGAACAAGUUCCAGACGCUCCCAGCUGAGCUGGGCAAAAUCCCCAGUCUGACCAUCAUCGACGCCGGCAGCAACUUGUUAAGGUACAACAUUCACAAUUGGGAGUUUGAUUGGAACUGGAAUUUCAAUUGUAACUUGAAGUACCUUAACCUCUCAGGGAACAAGAAAUUGGAUCUCAAGCAGAACAAUGGUGGAAAGAGCGUGGUGGAUGAACGCGGAAGGGUCCUUUCCGACUUUUCUCAACUAUCGCAGCUUCGUGUCCUCGGGUUGAUGGACGUCAUGACCACUUUCCUUGACAAUAUUCCCGAAGAGUCUGACGAACGCCGUGUUCGUACUUCUCAGACGGAAGUCAACGGAAUGUCAUACGGCAUUGCCGACACGAUUGGGAGGAAUGGGUACCUGACCACGCUCGAUCUCGUCCUGCCCGACCUCGGAGAGAAGAAGGAUGAGGCGUUGUUUGCGAUGUUUGGGCGUACGAAGGCUUGCCCGGGCAACAACAUUCUGUCGAAGUACCUACACGACAAUUUUGCUUCUCUUUUCAACGAGCAGCUUCUGCAGCUGAAGAAAGACCAGAAAGGAGGAAAGGAGGGCGUGCCGGACGCACUGAGGCGCACAUUCCUGAAGCUGAACAGACAACUCCACGACAAGCUCUACUCGCAGCCAUCUCGUAAGAUGUCCACAGUCAGCGCAUCUACCGCCCCUCCUUCUGGACUCGAUUCCUCUUACAUCCGACAAGGAGCCUCUGGCAUCGUGGUUUACGUGGUCGGCCGGACGUUGUAUGUUGCUAACGUUGGGCAUGCUCUUGCUGUCAUCUCGAGCCAAGGGAAUGCAGAACUCAUUUCCAAGAAUCACGACCCUUAUGACCGCGAUGAAGCGAGGCGUAUCCGACUCGCAGAGGGCUGGAUAUCGCCGACGGGGCUCAUCCAUGACGAAGUUGAUACGUCUCGAGCUUUUGGAUACUACCACGACUUUCCCGUUGUCAAUGCACGACCCGACGUCUACGUCCGCCAGAUGACUGAGCUCGACGAGUUCGUGAUCAUCGGCAACCGCGGACUGUGGCAAUACAUAUCCUACCAGACCGCAGUCGACAUUGCUCGAUCAGAGCCAUUUGACCCCAUGAUUGCGGCACAGAAGCUACGUGACUUCGCCAUAAGCUAUGGUGCAGACGGUAACACCAUGAUCAUGGUAAUUUGCGUCGCCGACCUCUUCCGCUCUCGACAGCCUGUAUCAGACUCGCUUGUGGAUCCAGAGGUCUACAGCUCUCUCAAUAAAAAGAGAGCAGGGAAGAAAGCGGAUAUUGUUGAUCGCACCAUCGCUCGCUUAGGAGGAGAGGUUUCACCACCCACCGGGCAUCUCUGCCUGGUAUUUACCGACAUUCGAAAUUCAACGCAAUUAUGGGAAGCAAAUGCAGGUAUGCCAACAGCAAUGCGUCUGCACAAUAACCUGUUGCGACGAUAUCUUCGAACUUGCGGUGGUUAUGUCGUCAAGACGGAAGGCGAUGCAUUUUUUUGCUCCUUUCCAACUACCCUUGCCGCGAUGUGGUGGUGCUUCACCGUUCAGCUGCAACUUCUUCGCGAGUCCUGGCCGCUGGAGAUAUUGGAGUGCGACGAAGGCAAAGAGGUGUAUGAUGAGCAUGGACAGCUGCUUUCACGUGGCCUUUCAGUCCGUAUGGGCGUCCACUGCGGAACCCCAGUGUGUGAACCAGAUCCUAUCACUGGUCGCAUGGAUUACUUUGGGCCCAUGGUUAUCCGAGCUGCUCGUAUCAGCGGAUGCGCGUUGGGUGGGCAGAUCAUGUGCAGCGCCGACGUCGUUCGCGAAAUCAAUGCCAAGAUCUUCGAGAAUGGGCCGGAUACGGAAUACUCGGAGUUCCAGCCAACGCAGGCUAUCGAGGCGAUCCGGCAGAUGCAGAUAGUCCUUAUCCCUGCUAGGGAAAUCAAGCUGAAGGGGCUGGAGAUUCCGGAGAUGGUUUCACUCGUCUACCCAGCUGCCCUUCUAGGCCGUCAGGACUUGGAUGCUUCUGGGUCUCAUUUGAGCACUUCCACAUCCCCAGCCAGAGUCCAGCUCAGCAUCGCUCAAGUCAGAGAUCUGGCCAUGCUAUGCCUGCGGAUUGAGGCUUUGGCUUCGGGUCGCAUCUUUCGUCCGCGUCUCGAACGGAAGGAGAGUGUAUCUGACCUUCCACUGGAGCUUCUCUCCGACGAAGACGUUCUGGAGCCUUCGAUAAUGUACGGUGAUCCAAACAUGCUCCUCCCCCCGAUGAAUGAGAAAACAUCUGACCUCGAGAUCAUGAUGCACCUCGAUUCACUUUCCUCGCGGCUUGAGAAUGCUGUUGCGAGUCUAGUUCUCAGAAAAUUAUCAGACAAAUCGUCCGCCAUUGUGACAGCUCUAGAAGGCCACGAGGGUAUUGACGAACGGACACUUCAAUUAAUAACUUCGUUAUUGUCUCGUUGACAUUUUUAUUGCGUUUUCCUUUUCAGUUUCACUUCUCAGCUGCAUCAAUGUACUGCAUUCGCAUUCAAACAUGUAUAUAUUACCCGCACGCCCUUGUUAUUCAUAUUAAUGGUCUGUACAAUCUUUAUACCGGUUCGUCUCUGCCACCGAGGGUGAAUACCAUUCAUUCGGAUA